AUGGAUGUUGUGGAUCGUGGACAAUUCUCAAUAAUCGACUACAUUUGCUUCGCUUUUGUGCUCUUCUUCUCCGCCGUGAUUGGAUUUUACCAUGGCGCCAAAUCACGGAAGAGCGCCAGCACGAAGGAUGAUUACCUCCUCGGCGGCAGAGAUAUGGGCUUGCUUCCUGUUACAUGCUCACUUGUGGCCACCGUCACAUCCGGAAUGACAAUCGUGGGCCUCUCGGCGGAGGCUUAUGCCCAUGGAAUUCACACUUGGAUGCUGAGUGUGACGCUUCUGGUGUCGAACACGGUUUUCCUGCACGUCUUCAUUCCCGUGCUGUAUGAACUGAAAGUGGCGUCGAGUUUUGAGUAUUUGGAAAUGCGAUUCAGCCGAAGUGUGCGAGUGUUUGCGAGCGGGGUUUACACAGUGGCAGGAUUAGUGUACUUGCCAGUUACCGUGUACGUUCCGGCCUUGGUGUUCAACAAAGUCACAGGAGUUAAUAUUUACGCAACUGUGAUUGCUCUGUCCAUCCUUUGUGCCUCCUACACGGCAGUCGGAGGCUUCAAAGCCGUGGUCUGGACAGACGUUCUGCAGCUGAUCCUCAUGGUAGUUUCCACCAUCAUUGUGGCGACUGUUGGCGCCAUUUCUGUCGGAGGAUUCGAGAAUAUUUGGGACGCAGCUGAGCGAGGCGGAAGACUCAACUGGAUAAAUUUCAGUGACUUUGGCAGCAGAACCGUCAUCUGGGCAUACGUAAACUCUUCUCUCAUAAAUAUAUAUCAAUUUGGACUCAAUCAAACCUGUCUUCAGCGAUUUCUCGCCUUGUCGAGCUUGAAGAAAGUCAAAAUCGCCUCCUGGAUCGUCGUCAUUGCUUUCGGAUGCUUCAUUUUCAUGGCCCAAUUCAUUGGUGUCAUCAUGUAUGCUUCUUACGAAACUUGCGAUCCUUUCACUCAAGGCAUCAUUCAGAAGCUUGACCAAAUCCUUCCACACUUUAUUCAGGAGAAAGCUUCAAUAUUCACAGGAUUCAACGGCAUUUUCAUAGCAGGCAUUUUCGCUGCAAGUCUCUCCACAACAUCAUCUUAUCUAAAUGCUUUGGGAGGAACUAUUUAUGAAGACUUCUUGAGCUAUCGCUUUGUCAAUAUUGAGGAGAGAACAGCCAAGAAAAUUUUGAAGGCAAUUGUGCUGAUUCUAGGCGCUGUUCAAGUGUUGAUGGUGACUGUUGUGCAGAAAAUGGGAAUGAUCUAUAAGAUAACAAAUCAAACCAUGACUCUGUCAACGAGUACAAUAUUUGGCUUCUUCAUGGCCGGCGUUCUUCUGCCCAAAGUUAACGGAAAGGGAGCUCAAGCAGGUGCGUGCGUCGGUGGAAUUGUCCUUACAGUCCUCAUUAUUGGCGGUAUGGCAAACAAACCUGAACCGACACUUCCACUCUCGACUGAUGGCUGUUCAUCGCAAAAAGACGCCCUGCAAUUCAGUAAUUCAACAAUAAUUGCUAAUGAGAAAGUAAUAUCUGAAGCUUCUGAUGAUGUAAUUUGGCUGUUUAAGAUUCCUUUUGUAUAUUUUGGCCUCAUUGGGAUGCUAUGCAAUCUUUUAACGAGCUACAUUGUUAGUCUGUUGACUGGAGGAAAUGUCAUUGAGAAUCAGAAACUUCUGGCUCCAUUUCUCAGAACAAAUGCAAGAGAGCAUCGAGAAAACUUAUCGCAAAAGGAAAACUUAAUACAGAGAAUUGCAUGGAGUAAAAACUAGUGCAAUUUCUUCACAAUUUCCAAGACUUUUCAAUAAAGACACCCCACAUCUUAGGCUCCUUUUCUGGUCUGACUAUAUAAGCUUAAGUAAUAAAUU